AUGUCGGUUACAGACCCGAGAGAUUCUUACAUGGACGAAAUGAUCGUUCUCGACACCUUCACGGUGUCUGGCGAAGAAGAUGAAGGGACAUCUUUCGGGGUUAUUGUCAGUUCUCGACAAGUCUUCCCUAACAUCGCGAAUUCAGUGCGAGCUCAGGGAAAUGAGCUUGUAUGUGCCACUGAUGGUACAUACAAGCUUCAUUUCGGUGGUUGGACUGUUGUGGAUUGUGGAUCCACUGCUGUGACAUGGUCUCGCGGGAAGGGUGUGCAUUGGUUUUUCCCUUGGGUGUAUAUGUUUGCUCGAAGUGAAUCGACGGCUGUAUAUGCUCGGAUGUUCCAGAUCGUUCGCGAAAAAGCCAUGGCAUUCCUCGACAUUGAAGUCAAUGUUGAAUUCGGCAGUCUCGACCACAGCGACGUUAUUGCGUCUGCUUUCCAGUCAACCUGGCCGACUAUUACUGUCGAUGCUGAUCUGUUCGCGGAGAUGAUCAAGCCGGACGUGUAUCUACUCAAAUCGUCUCGUACUCAUGCUCAAUUUCUAAAGCUUGCGGUGGUGGUCAUCGAAACUUGGAUAGCACGUGGAGAGGAUGCCAACGCUCAGCGGUUCAAAGAUAUUUAUCUAACGGAGAGGUGGAAUCGUUGGCACAUCAACGGAGCUGCUGUAGGCGGUAUCACUCCGAGCCAGCAAGGCAUUGAAUCACACCACUGUGUGAUUAAAAAGACAUGCGUCCCUAGCUCACGAGCAUCUACUACCGGCGUAUUAAACGGCAUCUUACCCCACAUCUUGAAGGCCGGUGGAGAGAACCUGUGCCCUAAUUUGGGUACGCUUUACUGCGAAGGGCCUCUUCCCCCUGAGAUGCUAGCCAAAGCUGCAGCACAUCGACAGCACGCAAUUACAAGAAGCCAAGGGUUGUUAGGUACUGAUAUUGAUCAAGCGUGUGCUGUAAAAUUUCUGCAUUCUCUGAAGGGAAGAUUAUCGAGAGGGAUCAAGGCAAAUGAAGUGAAAUUCGAGUUACUCUCUCUACACAGAGUGUUGAUCAUGGCUCAAACACUCUCACCUAGAUUCGAACUAGCUCCGAUUUGGCGUGAUCACAUCAUACAGCAAAUUCGACAGUUCCUCCACUGCACGUGUGAAUCCUUCGUGCGUUCAGGUUGGAUUUGUUCACAUGCAAUUGCUACGCUAUCACUUCUCGGUCUACUUGGUGUAGACGCUGCUAUGGCCAGUGUACCAGUGAGGCGGACCCCUGGCCGACCUCGAGCUCGAAGACUAGCACUUACCGAAGAAUCCACCCAAGAUGAAUUCUACGAUGUAGACCAGCUACUUCGGCUAUUUAUCGACAACCUUGGCAGCCACUGCGCUGGAAGACAGCGUGUACAAGUGGUCCGUUCGAUUCGGGGACGGAUCUUUGAGAGACUACGCGGCCGAACAGCUGGCUCGAGCUGUGAACAUGGCUCACCAUCUCCAAAUUCGAGUUUCAAACUAGAGCACACACUACACACGUACAUUUACAUGCAUAUCUACAUCAACAAAUUAGAGGCAGACGUAGUGAGUGCUUCGGACACUGCGAACUAG